AUGAACAUGCCGGAUGUGCCCGUCAACGUCGAGGUAAAUCCCAACGAAGAUACAGAAUGGAACGAUAUCCUCCGCAAACACGGCAUCAUCCCCGAAAAGCCUCCUUCUCCGACGCCGAUGAUUGAAGAAGCCCUGCAGGAAGCCCGCCGCCUCGCACACGAAAACAGAUUAGAGGGGAAAGACUUGGACGAAUUGGCGGAGCUCGAAGACGAGGAGGACGAAGAUUUCUUGGAGGAGUAUCGCAAAAAGCGCCUAGCAGAACUCUUGACCAUCUCCGCCGCCUCCGUGUACAACGAGGUGUACCAUCUUCAGAAACCCGACUACUCCCGUGAAGUCACUGAGGCUUCAAAACAGUGUUUCGUCUUCGUCCUGUUGACCUCGAGUCAAGGCACCAACACAGAGUCGAGGGUGCUGAUAGAGAUCUGGCGCCAGCUCGCGACCAAGUUCGGCGAUGUCAAGUUCUGUCAGAUCCGAGCGGAGCUGUGUAUCGAAGGCUAUCCGGACCGAAAUACACCGACGAUACUGGUGUAUAAGGACGGUGAUAUCAGGAGACAGAUUGUUACGCUGAGAGAGCUAAACGGCGUGAGAACCAAUAUCGAAGACCUCGAGAAAGUGCUUGUGGAUGUGGGCGCGGUUAAGGCGACCGACUCGCGGCUGCAGCGCAAAGUACAGAAUGAUGAUCUGGCUGGCGGGACAAAUAAAAUACGGCAAGGGACCGUCGGUCAAAUGGAAGGCGACGAAGAUAGCGAUUGGGAUUGA